AUGGCGACAAAAGCAGCUUACAAAAGACUCACUCGCGAAUAUCAAAAUAUUCAAAAGAAUCCCCCGCCUUUCAUCGUUGCUCACCCAUCAGAGUCCAACAUCCUUGAGUGGCAUUAUAUUCUCACCGGUCCCCCGGGUACACCAUACGAAAAUGGCCAAUACUGGGGCACAUUGAUGUUCCCUCCUGAAUACCCAUUUGCCCCUCCCGCAAUCCGCAUGCACACCCCAAGUGGUCGAUUUCAGCCAUCCUCCCGUCUCUGCCUCAGCAUCAGCGAUUUCCACCCAAAGUCAUUCAAUCCGGCUUGGGAAGUAUCAACGAUCCUUAUCGGCUUGCUCUCAUUUAUGACUAGUGAGGAAAUGACUACCGGAAGCGUAAGCGCAACAGAAGCGGAAAGACGAGUUCUGGCUGCGCGCUCUAGAUGGUGGAAUUCUACAGGCGGAGGCACCCACAUCAGCGCGACCCCCGGUGUGACACCUACCUCCAGAGGCAUCAAUAAUGUCAAAGCAGGCGACGGAGGGCUAAAGUUCCGCACGGAGUGGCCGGACUUAGACCAGGAGAAUUGGAAAUGGCUCAAGGAGAACCGCAUCGAUAUUGCGACCGGCCAGUUGAGACCGGACCCAAAUACCUCCUCUACCAAAUGUUCUCCAGAAACCAGUGCGCUUCGCAGACGUCCCAACGGCAGUGCGCCAGGCAUCGGGGCUGUCAUGGAUGGCGGUAAUGCUGCACGAGAGGUCGGCCAGACUUGGCUUCAGCGUAACAAGAUUUGGGUCGGCCUCGCCCUCCUGUUUGGGUAUGCGCUCAUUUCAAGGCUGGUCCAGGACGUUCAGGGUUGA